AACACAUUUUCUAGACGUGGGUACCAAUGGAAAGGUCAAUGGGCCGGGUAGUGCAGUGCUUGCUGGUUGGUCUGGAAUUCUGUAGUUUACAUGAGUAAAUUGUGUCCAAAAUGAGAGGUUUUCUGCUUACAGUGGCCAGCUUUGGCCUAACAGCGUCUGUCGUCGGGCAUGCCUUCUUUCAGAAAAAGCAGUUUUACCCGUCCGUCGUGUAUCUCACGAAGUCAAACCCGAGUAUGGCUGUGAUCUACAUGCAAGCCUUUGUCAUGGUUGUCUUGAUGGGGAAACUUUUCAAGACGGUUUUCUUUGGUCAGCUCAGAGCAGCUGAAAUGGAGCAUCUGAUAGAGCGCUCCUGGUACGCAGUGACAGAGACCUGCCUUGCAUUCACCGUCUUCAGGGACGACUUCAGUCCCAGAUUUGUGGCAAUGUUCACAUUUCUGCUGUUUCUCAAAUGCUUCCAUUGGCUUGCGGAGGACAGAGUGGACUAUAUGGAGAGAAGUCCUGUCAUUUCGUGGUUGUUUCACCUCCGUGUUUUAGGUCUGCUAGCUGUACUUGGUGCAUUGGACAUGAUCUUUAUGAAUUAUGCCUAUCACAGCACUCUUACCAAGGGAGCAUCAGUGCAAUUGGUCUUUGGAUUUGAGUAUGCCGUUUUGUUUACCAUCAUUGUCAACAUCUCCUUCAAGUAUGUGCUUCACACCAUUGAUCUCCAGAGUGAGAAUCCGUGGGAGAGCAAAGCUGUCUACAUGCUGUACACUGACCUUAUCAUGAGUUUUGUGAAGGUGAUGCUGUACACUGUGUUCCUUGCCAUCAUGAUCAAAGUCCACACAUUCCCACUCUUUGCCAUUCGACCGAUGUACCUAGCAAUGAGAUCAUUCAAGAAAGCAGUGAAUGAUGUCAUCAUGUCAAGAAGAGCUAUCAGGAAUAUGAACACACUUUACCCUGAUGCCACUGCUGAGGACCUGGCUUCCUCAGAUAAUGUCUGCAUCAUCUGUCGUGAGGAGAUGGUGACGGGUUGUAAGAAGCUGCCCUGCAAUCACAUCUUCCACACCUCCUGCCUGCGCUCUUGGUUCCAGCGUCAGCAGACCUGCCCAACGUGCCGCAUGGACGUGCUCAGGACGCCGGCUGCGACGUUACGGGCACAGCAGAACCAACAGCAGCAGCAGCAACAGCAACAAGCACAGAUGCCUGGCAUGAUGCCUCCAUUUCCUGGCUACCCUUUCUGGAUGCCCCAGUUUCAUCCUGGGGCCCAGUUUCCCAACCAACAACAGCAGCAGCAACAGCAGCAAGCAGGCAGCCCAGCAGCAAGCCAGCAAGCAACCCAGGCACCGGGAGGUGCUGCGGCUGCAACAACCCCUGCCGCAGGCUCGCAACCUGGUGAUGCCAGUACCUCAGCAACCCAAGCAGCAGCUGGGUCAACUGAAGGGGUGGCUGCAGGUACCCCAGCUAGCCCCAUCACACCCUCAUCAGUACCUCCGUUCCCCUUCAUGAUGCCACCACCUCCAUUCUUCAUGCCACCUUUUGCCACUCCGCCCCCUAUGCCACCGCCAGACUUUGCUGGUUUGACUGAGGAGGAGUUGCGUGCCAUGGAAGGCACAGAACGCCAGCACCUUGAGGCCAGGAUUGAGUGCCUGCGUAGCAUCCACACGCUGCUCGAUGCCGCCAUGGUCCAGAUACAACAGUACAUGAGUGUCGUUGGGGAGCUCGGAAUCCCACCACCACCUCCUGCGACAAGUCUUUAUGGCUACACAUCCCCCGCAGCCUCGGGCCCCGCAACCUCGGGCCCCGCAACCAGCACAACUCUUGCUGCCUCUGUACCAGAUAGCACAACCACCACUGAUAGUGCUGAUUCAGGGGCCACCCCUAAAACUUCCCCUGGCACGGUGCCAACGCUAAGAAAAGACAAGGAUUCUUCAGCAGACCUGACAAGUCUGGAUGGAGCCGCUGGUUUCACGCCGCCCACUGAAGGGGAACUCAUUCCAGAAUAUGAGGAAGAUACUCCCGAAGAGGUGGACCACAGCGAGAUACGAAGGCGUCGGUUACAACGACUAGAGAGUGCGGGCUCAGAUAACCAGUAAACACUGCAAGAAUCAAACUGUUUCUCCUUGACUCAACCCUGUGCAUUGCAUAGCAGUUGGUCAUUUUGUGGGUACUUGGAGGCUCAGCACACAUCCAUGAGUGUUUCUGAAACCUAGGCUUCAUUUCCACCUUCGUCUUCUGGAGAUUUUUAGGUCCUGACUGGGGGGACCCUGGCUCAACAUAGGUCCAAGUUCUGCUUCAUAAACAUCGAGUCCUAAAAUAAGAGCCAGCGGACUUUAAAACACAAUUGAUUGAUUGAUUGAAUUAACCCAUUAGCCAGUGAGGAAGCCGAAGCCACAAGGUGAAGUCAAGGUUUGGAAAACAUCCCUAUAGCAAUAGUGACUUUUCACUGGUUCCCAAACUGUUUGAUAUUUGGUUACCCAUUCAGGAAUUGAUGUGACACCAAGGAAGUGUUGAGCCUGAGCGGUAUCCAUGCAUACAUCCACCACUACUGGGACCCAGUAAGCCGGUACGGUAUAUCAACUGCGCAUGCGCACAAUGACAUGGGUCACGGGUCGUUCAGGAUAAUCGCAUGCUCAUCAAAGGUGGGUGAACGCGUAAGGAGACGGUCGCACGACACUCGCGCGUUAAUUACGAGCAGAAUGGGAAUUCACUUAACACCGCGUAACAUUGCGUCAGCGAUUUUAUCCCAAAUGACCUUUGACCUGGACUACUUCAUCCAGAUACCAAACUGGCUUAUUGCAUGAAACAUGUAUGUGUGCUAAAGAUAUCGUUUCCAGUGUUUGCUACUGAAGAUACUGAAUUUUCCAUGUGUGUAAAUUUUCUUGAACCCUAACAAUUUUAAUUUUACUUUUGUCACAGCCGACGGGUCAGGGCUUAAUCUUAAAGGCAUAUAGGAUCAUUUGCAUUUAUCCCAAAUGUUACCUACCAAAUUUUUAUCGAAAAGCUUGUACUGGUACUAAAUACCCCGUGAAAUUAUUCCGCCUGGCUUGCUGUCAUUUAGAAGAAAUACAAAAAUCAGAGUGAUUUAUAACGUCAGCUCAUUAACUGUUUUGGGGGAUAAAAAGUGCUUUUAGACAAUAUCAUUUUUCAUUAUCAAAAAAGUGCGCAUGUUGUUUUUUUCACUGUUUUCUCAAAAAGUGUCAGCUCCACUAACCUGAAAGUUCAGCCAGUUAGGUUGUGAACAUCCUUCUUUGGAUUUUGAGUGGUGUUAUUGUUGGAAAUUCCCAAAUGCAUGAAAAGCAAAUGAUCCUUCAUGCCUUUAACUUCUAAACCAAAAAAUUGAGUAUUCAAAUCUCUUGUCCGGAUUUGAAGGGUAGUACUUGAUUUUUAUUGAAAUUUUAGUCAUGAGUUUUAAUUCUUUCCUUCCUUAGUUUAUUUUUUUGGCAUUCAAUUUGAUGUGGAGAAUCCCGCAGAGGGAAUUUAAAUAAACACCGUAAAGCCCGCCACUGAAUAUCCUUUCUGGGUUUACCAAUUUACCGGAUCAUCGGGCCAAUGGUCAACAGAUCAGAGUGUCGUGGGCUGAAAAAUCAGAACGAUCUGACCGUACACCGGGCGACCAGAUGGAGUCAAACAUGUUUGAUUUUUUCGCAUCUGAUUUCACCUAAUGUGAACAGUUCCUUAGUGCCUUAUCCAAACAGUGCAAAACAGGAUACGAACAAAAUUACACUAGCUGACAGUGGUGUACAGUUUAUUAUGAAGAGUAAAUUAUUUUGACAAAAACGGACUCAACAACAAAUUUGAAUGUUUGAGGGCAGUUCAUUGUCAGUGCAGCAGCAAGCACAUGUAAUAGGAAUUCGCAACAAUUAAACAUAAACUCCAGCAAAUAUUGCUGCAAAUGUUUUGUGACAUCAUAUGCUUUUCAGUACGAACAGGCCUUUUUUAAAUGAAGGCACAGAUUAAACUCUAACCUCCAUUACGUAUUAACUCUUUCGCUACGGAAUUUAAUUUACCGAUUUUUCCACGUUUGGACGUAAUGAACCGCUGGAAAUUCCGCCAUGUGUCGAUGUGGACGCCGCCAUCUUGAAAUGUCUCUCUGUAAACAAACUGCUCACAAUAACGUGCAGCAGAUUCCGGCGAGACGGAGAGCCGCUGGCAGCGGCUCAAACUAGGGUCAGAGGUUAUGCGAUAUAAAUUAUGUAGAUAAGGCACACAUCAUGGGGAUACCCCUGUUUAUUCACAGCGACGUCACCGAGCCGCUGCCAGCGGCUUGCCGUACGACAUGUAUAAUUUUUGUGUGCCACUGUCAGCGGCUCGCCGUAGCGAAAGAGUUAAAGAAUAAGAUAUUGGUCGACACAACCAAUUCUAAAAAUAUAGACUUGACAUAUUGCCAUUGUGAAAUCACACAGACAAGAAACACAA